AACCAUUAUUUUACGUCCUUUGCUUCUGUUUGCCAAGCUGGUUCCGAAUCUUUCAAAGUCCAAAUAAUUUCCCUUUCUUUUCCUCUCUAUAAUUUCUUCGCUUUCUCAAUUUUUCAUCAUUCGCUGCUUUCUCGCUCUUUAAUCAGGGUUUUUCGUCGACUCUCAUCUCGUUCCGUUCAGAAGAAUCCAUCAACAACCAUGACUCGUGGUAACCAGAGAGAGAAAGACCGGGAAAGGGCUCAGUCUAGAACCGGUGGUUCUAAAGGAAAGCCUGUAAAGACUGAUGGGUUGACUCCUGAACAGCGUAGGGAGAGGGAUGCAAAGGCACUGCAGGAGAAGACGGCUAAGAAAGCAGCUCAGGAUGCUGGAGGGAAUAAUGCAGGUGGAAGCAAAAAAUAGGCAAUAAUAAUUUGAUUAUUAUUAAUUUGGUGCUUGAAGUGUUAUUGGCUAUUAUAGACAUUUAUGGAAAAUUGAAAAUACUUGUGUGUCAUAUUCUGAUCAUCUUUUUUUUGUAGUUUAGAAUCAAAUGUGUUUAUCUUUAUUACUAUUAUUAUUGUCAUGUGUGGUAACUGAAAGGGAUUGAUAUUGGAUGCUGAGCCAAUAACAUGUAUUGUAUCUUUGUUUGGUUUGGAAUACUGGCAUUUAUGUGAUGAUCUUGAUUUUUUGUUC